CCGUUUGUCCAGAGCGGAGGGGAGAGUGGGCGCCAUCUUCUAGGCUCACGGAGGGCUCCACCUGUUCUGGAGAGGCUGCUGCGACAAGCAGUGUCCCCCGCCCCCGGCGUUGUGUGUCCGCCUCGGCAGCAGUGUUAAGUUGCUUUUACAGAAUUAACAGGUCUUCAAGAAAUUUAAACAAAGGUCAUUAUUGCUGUGGUUUGAGCUCAGCAUGGCUGUAGUCAUCCGUUUACUGGGGCUUCCUUUUAUUGCGGGGCCUGUGGAUAUUCGUCACUUUUUCACGGGAUUGACUAUUCCUGAUGGAGGAGUGCAUAUAAUUGGAGGGGAAAUUGGGGAGGCUUUUAUUAUUUUUGCAACAGAUGAAGAUGCAAGACGUGCCGUAAGUCGUUCAGGAGGGUUUAUCAAGGAUUCAUCUAUAGAGCUUUUUCUUAGUAGUAAGGCAGAAAUGCAGAAGACUAUAGAAAUGAAAAGAACUGAUCGCAUAGGAAGAGAGCGACCAGGAUCUGGGGCAUCAGGGGUUGGCAGCUUCUCUAAUUUUGUUGAAGCUAUUAAAGAAGAAGCAAUUAAUUCUGGAUAUGCCUCUCCAAUUAAUCAAGAUGCUGGGUUUCAUACUAAUGGUACAGGACAUGGUGAUUUAAGGCCGAGAAAGACACGACCAUUGAAGGCCGAGAAUCCUUACUUGUUUCUACGAGGUUUGCCUUACUUAGUAAAUGAAGAUGACGUACGUGUCUUUUUCUCUGGUUUGUGUGUGGAUGGAGUAAUUUUCUUAAAACAUCACGAUGGCCGAAAUAAUGGUGAUGCUGUAGUAAAAUUUGCUUCAUGUAUUGAUGCUUCAGGAGGUCUUAAAUGUCAUAGAAGUUUUAUGGGUUCACGAUUUAUAGAAGUAAUGCAAGGCUCAGAACAACAGUGGAUUGAGUUUGGUGGUAAUGCAGUUAAGGAGGGUGAUAUUCCUAUGAGAACUGAAAAACAUUCUCCACCAAGAGGAAUUAAUGAUAGACAUUUUCGAAAACGAUCUCAUUCAAAAACUCCCAGAAGAACACGUUCUCGUUCCCCUCUCGGAUUUUAUGUUCACUUAAAAAAUCUGUCUCUCAGUAUUAACAAAAGAGAUUUAAGAAAUUUCUUUAGAGAUACUGAUCUGACUAAUGAACAGAUUAGGUUUUUAUAUAAAGAUGAAAGAAGAACAAGAUAUGCCUUUGUGAUGUUCAAGACUCUGAAAGACUACAACACUGCUCUGGGUUUACAUAAGACUGUUUUACAAUAUCGUCCAGUUCAUAUUGAUCCAGUUUCUAAAAAACAAAUGCUGAAGUUCAUUGAAUGUUAUGAAAAGAAAAGACCAGUGUCAAUAGAGAAAGAGAGGCUUGGACAUGUUUCACAAAAAUACUCUCAAGAAGGCUACUCUGGCCAAAAACUGUGCAUAUAUAUACGAAAUUUUCCAUUCGAUGUUACAAAAGUUGAAGUGCAAAACUUCUUUGCAGAUUUUUCUCUUGCUGAGGAUGACAUUUACUUGCUUUAUGAUGACAAAGGAGUUGGUCUGGGAGAAGCAUUGGUGAGAUUCAAAUCAGAAGAACAGGCCAUGAAAGCUGAACGUUUGAACCGACGAAGAUUCCUAGGGACAGAGGUAUUGUUAAGAAUUAUAUCUGAGGCACAAAUGCAGGAGUUUGGUGUAAGUUUUUCCUUGAUGUCCAGUGAGAGAAUGCAAGACCAUUCACAGUCAUGUGAGAGAGAUGACCACUCCCACUCAUUCGACUCAAAUGAUCCACCGGUAUACUUAGUUGGCCCUUCUGAAAACUUUAGGCAUCAGGAAGAGGACUUGAGGCAACUGGACAAUUUCAAACAUCCCCAGGGGGAGUUCGGACAGCCUGAUAGGCGCCCUCCAGAAGACUUUAGGCAUUCCCCAGAGGACUUCAGGUGCUCCCCGGAAGACUUCAGGCACCCUCGGGAGGAACACUUAAGGCGGCCUCUUGAGGAGGACUUCAGGGGCCCUUGGGAGGAGGACUUCAGAUACCCUCGGGAGGAGGACUGGAGACGGCCACCUGAGGAAGAUUUCAGGCGGCCUCCCAAGGAGGACUUCAGGCGACUCCCUGAGGAGGACUGGAGGCGGCCCCUGGAGGGAGAAUUCAGGCGACCCCCUGAGGAGGAUUGGAGGCGGCCUCCUGAGGAGGACUUCAGGAGGCUUCCCCCCGGGGAAUGGAGGCGACUACCUGAGGAGGACUUCAGGUGGCCCCCUGAGGAGGAUUUCAGGCGACUUCCAGAGGAAGACUUCAGGCGGCCCCCUGAGGAGGACUUCAGGCAUUCUCCCGAGGAGGAUUUCAGGCGUUCUCCUGAGGAAGAUUUCAGGCGGCCACCCCAGGAACACUUCAGGCGGCCACCCCCAGAGCACUUCCGGCGGCCACCCCAGGAGCACUUCCGGCGGCCACCCCAGGAGCACUUCCGGCGGCCAUCCCAGGAGCAUUUCAGGCGGCCACCUCAGGAGCAUUUCAGGCGGCCACCCCAGGAGCAUUUCAGGCGUCCCCGAGAGGAAGAUUUCAGGCACCCACCGGAUGAAGAUUUCAGGGGCCUUCCUGAUGAAGACUUUAGACACCCUCCUGAUGAGGACUUCAGGAGCCCCCAGGAGGAAGAUUUUAGAUGUCCUUCUGAUGAGGACUUCAGGCGGCUCCCAGAGGAAGACCUCAGGGAAGGUCCAGAGGAGGACCCUAGACUUCCUGACAAUUUUAGACCUCCUGGUGAGGAGUUUAGGAGCCCACCUGAUGAUUUUAGAAGUCAUCGCCCUUUUGUGAAUUUUGGUCGCCCAGAGGGUGGCAAGUUUGAUUUUGGAAAGCGUAAUAUGGGAAGUUUUCCUGAGGGGAGAUUUAUGCCUGAUCCAAAAUUAAAUUGUAGUUCAGGUAGAGUAACACCUAUUAAGAUAAUGAAUCUUCCAUUUAAAGCUAAUGUUAAUGAAAUUCUAGACUUUUUCCAUGGUUAUAGAAUCAUACCUGAUUCAGUUUCAAUACAAUAUAAUGAGCAAGGAUUACCUACAGGGGAAGCCAUUGUUGCUAUGAUAAACUAUAAUGAAGCUAUGGCUGCUAUUAAAGACCUAAAUGAUAGGCCAGUUGGUCCGCGCAAAGUUAAGUUAAUUUUGCUCUAAAGAGCAUUUAUAAAUUCAGAGUUACCUCCCCACAGUAUUGAUGCAGUAAAAUGCAUUUUUUUAUGGUGUUUAUUUUUAAUUAUCUAGUGAAAAAUAUUUUAAUUUUGACCUGUGAAUAGAACAAAUGUAAAUAGUAGAAUGUGAAUCUGAUUUUCUUUUGUUUGCAAAUUGCCGUUCAUUUUUUCUAAUUUAAAAUUAUAUAUGCCUUUUUUUUUUUGACAGUGGGGGAGAGAACUAAUAUUCCCUGAGUGCAUUAAUUUUUGUUGCUGUCAUGGGUAAACCUCAAGACUUGUAUAAAGUAGAGCUGUAUUUGGGGAAGAUAAAUUUUAUAUUCACUUUUGUUUCCAUUCUGUAUUCUGCAUCCUUUACUCAAACUUUAUAAGGAAAUGGUCAGUGACUGAUUGUUCAGGUUUAGCAUUUUCCUUGCUAACUGCCUGCAAAAUUAAUGCCCUCUUCCUCGUCUGAGAUAUUACUGUGUUAAGCCUCCCGUUAAUUAUAAAUAGUUCAAAAUGGACAGACUGUGAACUUGAAGUUUACUCAUGUAAGAAGCUUAGGAGAUUCUUAAGUUUCCAUGUGCAUAACUUUGGAAAGUUUUAUAAAAAUAAAAAGAUUGCAACUGAACAGACCAACUAAUUAACUUUAUUUGUAUUUGUAUAAAAAGAAAAAAGAGCUUCUUUUGGGAAGUUUUUCAGUAGCUACGUUAAACAAUAUUUAUGAUAGGAGGACCAAACAUUCUAUAAUAAUAAUGUAGAGUGCUCUGUGUAGUUCUACGGUUUCUUCAACAUCUCAUCAACCAAACUGAUAACUCAAAAUACAUAAAAGACAAAAAAUAAAGUAAUUAUAGGUACGAGGGGACUUUCAGGCUUAUGCUGGGAAGAAUCUGAUAAAUAGAUAUAGUUUGUGUUUCUAGGAAAGAUUUACUGAUGUAACUUGUAUUUUUUAUUAGGUUCUCAUUUUUUAAUUUCAAAACUUUGUAU